AGGCACCCGCCUCUUCUUCUUGGUUGGAUGUUCCUGGUACUCCCGUUCCUGCCCGCAUCCAAUCUUUUUAUUACCGUUGGAUUCGUCGUUGCGGAACGAGUGCUCUACAUGCCCAGUGUCGGAUGGAUUCUACUGGUCGUGUACGGGAUGCAAAUCAGCUGGACCGCAAUUCCCCGAAGAAGAAGUCUGAUCACCACAGGGAUAGUUCUACUUCUACUGUUAGGAUGUUACAAAACGAUUCAUAGGAAUCGAGAUUGGACUUCCAGAGAGACUCUGCUGAGAGCCGGACUACGAUCUCUACCGCACAACGCCAAGAUGCAUUACAACUUUGCCAACUUCCUCAGAGACAUGUCGCAACCGAACCGUGCGAUCCUGCAUUACCAGCUGGCCCUUUGGCUGUGGCCGACGUACGCCAGCGCGCAUAACAACCUCGGAACACUCACCGUGGGCGAUCAAGCGGAGCAACACUUUUUGGCGGCGAUACACGCUCAACCAGGACACGUGAACGCUCAUUACAAUCUUGGUCAGUUGUACAGGAAAACGAAUAGAACAGAGGAGUGCAUACGAAUGCUUCAGAAGUGUGUAUCUCUGGACCCAGCCUACACACCGGCGUAUCUGGUUUUGGCGAGACUGGCAACGGGGCCAGCGGCCGGGGUGCUUUUGAGACACGUGGUUCGAUUGCAACCACGAAGUCCCGACCACCUUGCGGAAUAUGCAUCGUGGUUGUUCCAAAAUGGUAAAUGGCUACCCUCCCUGAAGUACUAUCUCAAAGCCAUGGAGGUCUCGCCGUCGCAUAGAUCGUCGCUCCUGGGAACGGUCAGGAUCCUGAGGUCGCGAGGUCAGUGGCCGAGGGUGCAUCAACUUAUCACCAGGUGGCACCUGAUGUUACGAGCGAAACGUGGUGGGCUCAUAUAUCGUGGCGACCUUUAUAUACGCGCGUGGCAGCUGCAGAGCGAAUCUCGUCGUCGAGCGCAUCAACAUCAAGCAAAUAUCUGUUUAUCGGAGGGCGGUUGUUCGACACCCCGUGUCGCCAGCGUGUCGGUGCAACUCGAGCAGGACAGCAACAAGUCGGAGCAGCUGGAGCGGGCGCCACGUUGUAACGUACGUACCUGUAGACAGUCGAGAAAGGGGAAAGCGCGUGUCACAGCACCUGCUCUGCUCGUCCAGAAUCUCCUGGAGACGCUCUAGCUCGAACAAUUCUUCGACUAACUACCCGUCUCUCUCUCUCUCUCUUUUUCUCUAUUUUCGUCUCAACGAGAAACCAGACACGCGAUCCAGUCGGCUUCUGAAGACAUCCCGCGAGUCCUGGAUCUUUUGUAAGUGAAACCGGAAAGAGAUGAACGGAUUUUUCCGUGCGUAGCCUGUUUUUACGGUGGUCGCAGGAUGACUGUUUUUUCAAUGAAUUUCGCGAGCCAGGUAUCGGAUCGACUACAUUUUCACGAGAGGACCAAGAGAACUGUAGUUCGACCACGAUUUUCGAAACGACGAAUGAAUUUGUAUUGAAGCGGGUAUAGCGUGGUCGUAGAGUAGUCUCUGAACAAUGUUUCGUUCGAGUGUUUUGAUGUUUCAGUGUCUUGGAAAAUGUUCACCAGUAACGGAGUGAUCUGAUGAUCAUGAUAGCCUUAUCCCCUCUCUUGUAAUAUUAAAGACGUAUUUCUUUGACAGAAGUAGAACUACCAAGUAAACAAGAUCUAACUAUGAAAUCAUCUUUGCAACGUCUCAUUCAAUUUUUAUCUCCCCAAAAAAAUAAGAAGGGAAAAUUGGUAUGUAACAAAGAUUGGUUUAAAUGAAACUUUAUCAAGGUUACUUUUAUCAAAUUUCAUCAAGAUUACUUUUACUAUUUAACUUCGAGAAUGAAAGAUUACUUCAAGAAUGAACAAUUACUUCACUAAAUGAAUUACAGUUAAUGAAUAGUCUGUUGCUUUUUAUCAACCCUAUAAACUACAAUCUGCGUCACGUUCAUUGCAUCAAUCAACGUCGUUCCUCAACGUCACGUAUCGUUUCACGGAUCUCCGACAUUUACGACCACGCUGUAUUUCGUUGGCUACACGAUAAUGAAAGGCAUAUGGCGUCGUCCAAGUCUCCGAAUGAUCGUUCAGGGGACUUGGACAGGUGAUAAUCGGCGUUGGUAAUAUAGUUACUACUAUCGAUAGCGUCGAGAUGUUUCUACUACAUGUUCGCUGUACUUCGAGUGUGCUUUCGACGUUCUCAGAGAAACGCUGCUCGUCACGAUGCUACUCGUCGAUGUGUCGAUGCUUUCGUGUCGUUGAGAACCGUGUAAAUAUUCAUUGGUUGUAAGCUUCGAAAUAAAAGCGAUGUUUUUUCCCUAGGAACGUUGAGAACGACGAUGACGAAAAAGUUUACUUGUACCAUUGUUAUCUUCAUCUUAACAUUUUUUUUUAAAUCAGCAAACUCGGCCAAGUGAAAUAUCACCUUAGG